CGGUAACUUCGUAAUCAUCGACGCGCCAUUGGCAGUCCAAACCCGUCCUAUAUUACGACCUUCACGGCCAUACACUCAUUCCAAUCUCGAACGCGAUUCUUUCCCCGGCCCAGAAGCAAUCGAAUUGAUUUGGAUCCAUCGCCAUGUCGACCCGUCAAGCGGCACUGUCGCUGUACCGGCGUUCGCUGAAGUUGGCUCUAGACUGGGCUGUUCAUCGCCACCUCUGGAGAGGCCAAGCUUUGUACAUCCGCUCGUUGUUCGAGGCCAACCGAUCUGUGACGGACUCCAGACAGAAGAGAGAACUUUUGGCUCAGACAGAGAAAUUGUUGUCGAAAUGGAAGCACCCAGAGCCCUACGUGCAUCCGACAGCACCCGGCGGUUCCAAAUUCGAGCGCAACCUCCGAGCACCUAUCCUUGACCCGCCACCCCCAUUGAAAUUCUAAGCAGCUAGCAAAGGCGUGGAAGGGAGAAAGACUGGGAUCACACCGUACCCGACGUUUGGACUGCAUAACAUAGAAAUGCAACCAUGUGGAAGCUUCAGAAUGCUAUUUCGACAACACUGUGUCGGGGACUAUGGACCGGGACACUUGAUGCACAACUCUUACAUACAAGCCCGGGAUGGCUGAUCCAAGCCAAGCGGAGGCUCACGCGCACGCAGUUCAGCUCACAAGCAUAGCUUUCCCCCAGUCUCUCUAUAAGUCUGUAUAAUACAACACCAUCACCCGAUUACAAUAGCUUCAAGUCUUCAUACCGCAACGAGUCGUGUGAGCGGCAUCACGAACCUAAUGGUCCUACCGACUGAGUCCCCCCUUUUGUUCUAUU